GAUUUCAUCCGUGCAAUCCGGAUCUGCUGAAUUUGGUGCCUUUUUAUAUUUGGAACAUUGCACUUGUGUGUUGAAAGUUGCCGAUGGAUCCUGUGAAGUUUUUGGAUGAUGAGGGAGUGAUGCAUAUGGACAUUAGAGAGCAUGAUGCUGAGACAUCACUGCUUUCUCUGCCAACGGAAAUUUUGGAACACAUCUUGUGUUUCCUUAGUAUAGAAGAUAUUGUUUCUGUGUCACAAGUAUGCAGAAGGCUUCAUGAUGUCCAUACUUCAGAGAAAGUAUGGAGGUUUGGAUUCAAGUCGAGGUACCCACGCCUUAUGCAGACCUCAUGCCAUCCUGCCCUGCUGAGUGCGUUCGAGUGGUGUGGCCGCAGCUGGCGCCGCACUGCGUGGUUCCGCGCCUCGGCUGGCCGCCACCUACGCACAGCCUUAGCCAAGAUGGCCGACAGAUGCUACUCGGUCGGCUGCCUGCCGGACCCCGCCAUGGAGGAAUUCCGCAGUCUGGUGCCCGCCCAUGGUACCCUGUUCAACCGGGAUGCCCUUCUGGAGGUCAUCUACCCGCGCCAACACUGUCCGGAUGAUGACCUGUCGUUGCGCUACUAUGCGCGGAUGCUGUUCCGAGAGAUUCAGCGGGACUCCGUGCUGCUGCCCAUAAUACGCGAGUACGUGCAGCGGCCAGUGCAACAUCUGAACGUACCUGAAGCCUUCUAUCUGAUGAGCCUCUGGAUGAUUCCGGAGCAAGUCAACCGACAGUCCGAUCUCCAGUCCUACUACAUCAAGACCGCCGGGCUGGUUUUGGAUGAGCUGCGCCGGCGGCUGCCGGAGCACCCAGCCGCUGACUGGGCCGCGUGCAAGCAGAACCCGUUCGGACCCACGCUGUGGACGGACGACGAGGCGCUGCAGCUGCUGGACGUGCUGAACGUCGUGCUGUAUGACCAGCUGGCCCUGAUGGAGGACGACGGGCCAGAGGACGGACCAGCUGCCGAGCUGAGCAUGUUGCUCUUCCUCCACCAUCGCCACUUUCACCGUGUCGGCUCCAAGGUGCAGACUGUGAUGGCUUCAGUUUACUGUUCUGUGGCUGGCAUGUUGGGCGUCAACCUCCACAACAUGCAGCUCCCGCACAGCUGGAUGAUCUGCUGGCACAGGAUGGUCGGUGAACAGUACAUGUUCAUCGACGUUCUGCGCCGCGGCCUGCGGCUGUCCAGGGAGCAGGCAUUGGAGGAGCUGAAAGCCGUCCACCCGGGCAUUGACCUCCAGAUGCUGGAACCUGUCCCCAGAGAGAGGGUACUGGAUUACGUGAUCCAGUGUUCCACCCAGCCGGAUCCCCGCCGGCCAGGUUCCGACUUCGACUUGGCCUCGUUCAAGACACUGGCCACCUGGGCCCGCAGUGGCUGCCGCCUGGACACGGCUGCGUUCACCGACCUGAUGUCCACCCUGGCUAGGAUGCGACCCAUGUACACACACCGUCUGCUGCAGCAAUUCAUCCAGGCUAACGGGCCGCACCUGGUGGAGAACGACAGACGUAGCUUGGAAGCACUUGCGACGGACCUGAAGACGAGGUACAAGCAAUUGCUGCGCUCCCUGGAUAAACAGGAGGCCAAGGUCCGGAAAAUGGCGGACCUCCGCGCAGCAGGCCGAGCAGUGGGCAACUACCGGAGGCGGUUCGGCGUCGGUGACGUUGUCACGUACGGCGGCGGGCACCUGGCCGUGGUGUACAGCUGCUCACCGUGCUGCGAGGCGCCAGAGGACUGGGUGGAGGAGCGUGGCAUGAAUUCCAGGCUGCAGCUGGGAGUCAACCAGCCCUUCUACAAGCUACUACUGGAGGUGGACCAGUUUGGAUACAUGGCCGAGGAGGAGCUUCAUCUGGCCGCGGAUCCACAGCCCAUCGAUCACGUGGAGGUGGGUCGCUUCUUCGCCCGGUUCGACGGGGAGCGGUACGUGCCGAUCGCUCCUCUGGCUAUUCGCUUCCCGGAGCCGCAGCACGGGGAUGAGACGAAAAUGAGCUUCGUCGAGUCGCCAACAGAUGACGGUGAUAGCGACUGGGAGGACGUCGAGGAUCAAGAGAGGGAGAAGGCAUUGAGACCGGCGCCUCCCGCCGUCUGGAUGGGUGUUUGGCCAGAGAUCCUCCCUGAGGACUCAGAUGAUGAGGACACUAAUGGUGGAGCCGUGACCGCUGACGGUGGUCAGAUGGAUCACUGAUGGCUGUGUUGGAGCUGUGAACAUAGCACACGGGUGUUACUGAAUACCUCAUCUGCCUGUAUAUAUGUGGGUGGCUGUACAUUUGCUUAUGUACCGGUGUGGCUGUUUUGUAUGUGCCCAGCCAUUUGACGUUCUCUGUGAUUGUUCGCGCCGUGCACUGUAUUACGCCGACCUACUCAGGUACUCAGUACUUCAUACAUACGGCUUUGGUGUUGCUCUCAGGUGCUGUCUUGCUAUGUGGUGACAUUCUGUGUCACUGGCUGUGCAUGUGAUCCCAGCUUUAGAAGUGUUUUUAACAUGUUGUAUGUACAUUCAUGU